AUGGCCUCAAGUUCUAUGAGCUCGAUCUCGUCUUGGACGUCUAAGCAAAAUAAGAUGUUCGAGAGGGCUUUAGCCGUUUACGAUAAAGACACUCCCGACCGUUGGCAAAACGUCGCCAAAGCAGUCGGAAGUAAAUCGGCAGAGGAAGUCAAAUGUCACUACGACAUUCUGAUUGAAGAUCUCAUGAACAUAGAACACGACUUAGUCCCGUUGCCUAAAUACAAGACCGUGGAUGAUGCAAGUAAAUCAAGAGGCAUCACUGAUUUUGAUUGGAGGUAUAAGCUCUUCGUGUCAUUUUAG